CCUUAGUUACAACCACCUUUCAACUCUCUAUGUCCCUUGUAGUAUAUAUACGUACACAACCACCUCGCUUCUCCAUUACAUCAUCAUCAACUCAACUCUUCUCUCGUCUUACUAAAUAUUACAGCGUCUUUCUCUUCCCGCACCAUAUAACUUGAGAGAUAAUAUAUUGGAAAUAUGAGCAGAACGGAGACAAUGGGUUUGACCAAAAGAGGAAUGUUGCAGUCAAAUAGUUGCAAUCGCCUUAUGGACCGUUCUGAGUCUCUCAAGAGGGACAGUGUGAUGAGCAAUGGUGGUUCAGCUAAAGUGAGAGGAAGCUUGGAGCGCAAGAAAUCAAAGAGUUUUAAAGAAGGAGAAAGCUGUCCUUCUUGGCUCAUAACCGAUGCUCCUGGGAGUAUAGCCGCUGUGAGGAGGGAGCAAGUUGCUGCACAACAAGCCCUAAGGAAACUCAAGAUUGCUCAUUACGGCAGAUCCAAAUCAACCCUAACUAAUUUCAACUCCUCCAAAAUUGUCCCUCUUGUUCACCCUAGCCCUCAUCCUCAUCCUCAGAGAUGCAGCUUCAUCACCCCUACUUCUGAUCCUAUUUACGUUGAAUACCAUGAUGAAGAAUGGGGAGUUCCUGUCCAUGAUGACAAGACGUUGUUCGAACUUCUAACCCUCAGUGGCGCACAAGUAGGCUCCGAUUGGACUUCAACCUUGAGAAAACGCCAUGACUUCAGGAAGGCGUUUAUGGAAUUUGAAGCGGAAGCGGUUGCAAAACUUAACGAGAAAGAGAUGAACGCAAUAAGCAUCGAAUACAAGAUAGAGAUGAGCAAAGUGAGAGGCGUUGUGGAGAAUGCUACUAAGAUCCUAGAGAUCAAGAAAAACUUCGGGUCACUAGAGAAGUACUUUUGGGGUUUUGUGAACAACAAGCCCAUCUCCACGAACUACAAGUUUGGCCACAAGAUUCCGGUUAAGACAUCAAAGUCGGAGAGCAUAAGCAAAGACAUGGUCCGAAGAGGCUUCAGGUACGUGGGUCCCACUGUGGUUCACUCCUUCAUGCAAGCCGCUGGUCUAACCAAUGACCACUUGCUUACUUGUUACCGUCACAUUCCUUGCACUCUCCUCAGUACCAAUCCCUAAUUUUUUUUUUCCAUUUCUUAUUUAUUUACUUCAUUGGAAGUGUGUUUUUAACUUUCGGGUGAUUUGUGUACAACAAUUGUAGGCGUAGGAGAAAAUGGAUUGUGUGUUUUUACUUUGUCAUGUAAGAUAACCCAGCUGGGUAGCUGGUGUAUUUUUAUGAGUGAAUGGGUGGAAUAUACCCAUCUUGGGCCCAAA